UCUUGGAGGAGGGAGGGUUGACAUGUUGGGACUUCUUCCGCAUUUAACUUUUUAUUUCUUCGCCAAAAGAUCGUUUUUCAAUGAAAUAUCUAUAAACACAUGUGCUAUUGUACUACUUACAAACAUCUCGUAGUCUACAGAAAACGUUGGGCGGAAUGAACAGAAGAAACUGGAAAGUUUAAUAAAAAAAAAAGUCAAAAUAUUGACUAAGUUUUGUUUUUGGAGAAGUUGUGUUCUCCUCCUUCGCGAUGGGAUGUUGCAGCAGCGCAGAGAGUAAACAGGAGUGGAAACCGCUGGAGGAUCGCAGCUGCACGGACAUACCAUGGCUCAUUAUAUUCACGCUGUUUUGCAUCGGGAUGGCUUGCAUUUGUGGCUUCGCCAUCGCCACAGGAGGUUUCUCCAGGUUUGUCUCGGGAUAUGAUAGUUAUGGCAACACCUGUGGUGAGGAGAACGUCGGGAUCGAGGGCGUACCACUGAGCGGCAAGAACAUGACCGGAAACAAGUAUGUUUUCUUUCUGGACCCUUGCAACAUUGACUUCAUCCACAGGAAGCUGAAGUCAGUUGCGCUGUGUGUCUCCAAAUGUCCAGCCACUCAACUGAAUGACUAUCAGGAUUUGACCGAGUUUGCUGAGAAAAAUGGCUCCCGUCUCUGCUCCUAUGAUAUUUCUCCUUCAGAAUAUACACGUCAUCCAGACAAAAACAGAAAAUGUCCGAAACUCCCUACUCCACGAAGUAAGCCUGUGCCGUUGUUCAACCGCUGCGUCCCGGUGGAUAUCGGCUGCUAUGCCCAAUUCGCCGAGGCCUUCGUCACGUUUGUCAGUGACAACGCUGUGCUGCGGCGGGUCAUCUCUGGAGUGAUGACCAGCAAGGAGAUCAUCAUGGGUCUCUGUUUGCUGGCUUUAGUCCUUUCCCUGAUCAUGAUGGUCAUUAUUCGUUACAUCUCCAAAGUUCUGGUGUGGAUCCUCACAGUGUUGGUCGUCGUGGGCUCUUUAGCGGCUACAGGAGUCCUCUGGUGGCAGUACGCCGUCCACAGGAAAGCCCUGAGCUCCACGUCUGGAUCUGGAGAAGACUUGGCCUCCGACAACGUCAAGGCUUUACUUGUUUAUUCUAUUGGUGCAACCGUUUUCACGGUCAUUCUCCUGCUGCUGAUGUUCUUCAUGCGAAAGCGUGUGGCUCUCACCAUCUCCCUGUUCCACGUGGCGGGGAAAGUUUUCAUCCAUCUCCCCCUGCUGGUCCUGCAGCCGUUGGGAACCUUCAUCUGCCUCAUGCUCUUCUGGGUUUACUGGAUCGCUGUUCUUCUCUUCCUUGGGACCGCAGGCAGAGCAGUAAAGAGCAACUCCACAGAACUGGUGGAAUAUCAAAUACAGGAGCCUCUACAGUUCCUGGUGUGGUAUCACGCCGUCGGACUCAUCUGGAUUAGCGAGUUCAUACUUGCCUUCCAGCAGAUGACCAUCGCUGGAGCCGUGGUCACCUACUAUUUCACCAGGAACAAGUCCCAGCUGCCAGCGACUCCUGUCAUUUCUGCAAUGAUACGUACCGUUCGUUACCAUCUGGGCACCAUCGCCAAGGGCUCCUUCAUCAUCACGCUUGUUAAGAUCCCUCGCCUCAUCCUAACUUACAUCCACAGCAAGCUCAAGGGAAAAGAAAACGCAUGCGCCCGUUGCAUGCUGAAAGCCUGCGUCUGCUGUUUGUGGUGUCUGGAGAAGUGUUUAGCAUAUUUAAAUCAAAAUGCUUAUGCUGCAACAGCCAUAAACAGCACCAGUUUCUGCACGUCAGCCCGUGACGCUUUCGUUAUCCUGGUGGAGAAUGCUCUCCGGGUGGCAGCCAUCAACACCGUGGGCGAUUUUGUCCUCUUCUUGGGAAAGGUCAUAAUCGUCUCCGUUACGGCGUUUGCCGGCGUUCUGGCUCUGAACUACCAGCAGGACUACACCGUGUGGGUGCUGCCUCUUUUCAUCGUCUGUUUGUUUGCGUUCCUCGUGGCCCACUGCUUCCUGUCCGUGUUUGAGAAUGUGGUGGACGUCCUUUUCCUCUGCUUCGCCGUGGACACCAAGUAUAACGAUGGCAGUCCUGGGCACGAGUACUACAUGGACAAGGCCUUAAUGGAAUUUGUGGAGAAUAGCAAGAAAGCGGGUCGAUACAAGCCACAAGGGGGAGAUGGAAAAGAAAUGACGCCCAUGGGAGGUGGAGGGACUUUAGCUUGAGACAGGCUAACACACUCCAAGUAACUCAAACCUUCAUCCUCUUCUUUUAGGCUUUUAAAAAAAGGAAUAUUUGUAAGAUUACGAUGCUCUUUCCAGAAUAUUUGAACUGUAUGAGCAUACGGGUACUUUUGUUUUUAGAUUUUAAGAUGCAUGUUUUUUUUGGUGAACGAAUACGAUGUUGGUUUUGUGAUUAUUAGGAUAGAUUUGCCUGUUUGUUUUGUCUUUGUUUCCCCUUCUACCUGAGAUUUGCCUCUUCUUUAGUACAUGCAAUUUAACAUGUUUGUUUGUUUAUUUUUUUACAUGUUAAGAUUUGAACAGGUCACUGUGUACUUUAAAACACUAACCGUUUAUUUAAAUUGUGCCUCUUGUUCAACAUUUUUAUAUGAAAUUGUAUUUUGUAUCUGAAUAAAACACUGUUAUUGUGUUUCCACUUAAAUAACAACUAAGAUUUAAUAAACCUUUUCUUGUUGAUUUUCA